AUGCUUUUUGCAAACCUGGAAAGUCUAAAGAUUACAAUAAUUGUUGGACCAAAGGGACCCUCUUCAGGCAUAAAUAGCAAGACUCCUACUGUCUUCUCUUGCAGACCAACUCAGCUGCCAGCAAAAGCAGGUGCUCUCCCCCUUCCAGUGCUCCAGAGGAAAUAUUUAGGAAUGGAAAACCUGACAUUUGCCUACUGCUCCUGUAAAGUUAUCUGGACAUUACUUCUAACAAUACUAGGUUGUGCCAGUAGCUUGCCUGUGGGUGAUGAUUCUAUUUGCACAGCAGAGGAACUUGCUAAGUACAGCAUAAUCUUCACAGGGAAAUGGAGUCAGACUGCUUUCCCUAAGCAGUAUCCACUUUACAGGCCCCCAGCACAGUGGUCAUCAAUGCUAGGUGUUACUCAUAGUUCUGACUACAGCAUGUGGAAAAAAAAUGAAUAUGCCAGCAAUGGUGUACGUGAUUUUGCUGAAAAGGGUGAAGCAUGGGUAUUAAUGAAAGAAAUAGAAGAAGCUGGAGAGAAAAUUCAGAGUGUACAUGGAAUCUUCUCUGCUCCUGCCAUUUCCAGUGGUACAGGACAAACCUCCACUGAAUUAGAAGUGCAUUCAAGACAUCCCUUAGUGUCAUUUGUUGUACGAAUUGUUCCAAGCCCCGACUGGUUUGUGGGUAUUGACAGCCUAAAUCUCUGUGAAAGAGACCACUGGAUGGAAGAAGUAUCAGUAGAUCUAUUUCCAUAUGAUGCUGGAACUGAUAGUGGUUUCACAUUUUCUUCCCCAAACUUUGCCACUAUUCCACAGGACACAGUGACAGAGAUCACUUGUUCCUCUCCAAGUCACCCAGCAAACUCAUUUUAUUAUCCAAAACUCAAAAUUUUGCCACCUAUUGCUCAUGUAAAAAUGGUGAAGUUAAAGAAAAACCAACUGGGUUUUCCUGUACCUUAUAAUAAUUUUCAAGCUAAAAGCAAUGAAGUAAUAGAUUCUGUCUCAGUCACUCAGAAAAUAUGUGGAAAUCUGGCAGAUGAUAUGGAUGAAAUAGGUGUUUAG